AUGUUCAUAGUGAGUCAACCACCAAAUAAGACAGUCAUUUCUUAUCCAAAUGUUGGUCAAUGGGUGCCGGCAUUUUCAUUUCUUAAUGCCAUGUACAAAAUUGUACUUCGUGGAACUCAAUCAUCUGGUCUUUUGACAAUUGUUGAAGAACUGAUAUAUAUCGGUAAUGCAUCUCGAUGUCAUUAUCAUACAAAAGAAGAUGAAACAAUUCGUGUGCUUAAUGGUACUCUUCAAGUUUAUCAAAAUGGCUAUCAGUUUUGUGCACCAGCUGGUACAAGCAUUUACAUUCCACGAAAUAUCAUACAAUCAAGUCGAAAUCUUGGUUCAAAACCAAUCCAUGUAGAAUUGUUAUUUUCACCAUCGAAUAUUGAAAAUUAUUUGGAUCAAAUUACUCCUGUUUUUGCCGAACAGCCGGUCAAUAUGACUCGAAUAGGUGAACUUGCACGUACAUUUGGAGUUGUACAUUUACCUGAUAUUCCAUGGCAAGAUCUCAAUUGUGCAUUUAAUGAUAGCUCUAUGUUCAUACCAUCUGUUUAUUUGACAUUUUUCAACAUUUUGCUUCAUGUUCUCGCAUCUAUCUAUAAUAAAUUUUAG